AUGUCCUCGCCGCCCAACAACGGCUCCAGCGCCGGGAGCGACGACGGCACAAAGCCUCUCAACAAGGCGUUUGCCAAGAUAGACCUCGACGGUCAUGACCUUCCCCCGUCCCCCGCACCCUCGAGUCCUUCCAACGGACGCCGAAGAUAUGCCCUCGCUACAGAACUUGUCUACACCGAGACCAAAGACCAAUAUGGCGCCUCAAGCAUUCCAAUUUACCAGUCGGCAACUUUCAAGCAGUCCUCCGCUAGCGGUGGCGAACAGUACGACUACACCCGCUCUGGCAAUCCCACACGUACACAUCUGGAGCGACACAUGGCGAAGAUCAUGAAUGCCACACGGGCAUUGGCCGUAGGCUCUGGAAUGGGCGCAAUGGACGUGAUUACCCGAAUGCUCCGACCUGGAGAUGAGGUCAUUGCUGGAGACGAUUUGUAUGGAGGCACCAACCGCUUGCUGACGUACUUGGCCUCCAACCAGGGCAUUGUCGUCCACCACGUUGAUACAACGACCGUUCAAAGAGUCGCAGAUGUUGUCACGGAGAAGACGGCCAUGGUGCUCCUGGAGACCCCCACCAACCCCUUGAUCAAGAUCGUGGAUCUUGCCUCGAUUGCGAAAUCGGUUCAUGACGCCAACCCCAAGGCCCUUGUUGUGGUUGACAAUACUAUGCUUUCGCCCAUGCUUUGCAAUCCUCUCGAGCUGGGUGCCGAUAUCGUCUACGAAUCGGGAACUAAGUAUCUUUCUGGUCAUCACGACAUCAUGGCUGGCAUCAUUGCUUGCAAUGACCCGGCCCUGGGCGAUAAGAUGUACUUCACCAUCAACUCCACCGGCUGCGGCUUGUCUCCGAAUGACUCCUUCCUUUUGAUGAGAGGAGUAAAGACCCUUGCUAUCCGCAUGGAGAAGCAGCAGGCCAAUGCUCAGGCCAUUGCAGAAUUCCUCGAGUCGCACGGUUUCAAGGUGCGGUACCCUGGUCUCAAGUCACACCCACAGUAUGAUCUCCAUUGGUCUAUGGCAAGCGGAGCUGGUGCAGUCCUCUCUUUCGAAACUGGAGAUCUCAAAAUCUCAGAAAGGAUCGUCGAAGGCGCCAAGAUCUUCGGAAUCAGCGUAAGCUUUGGGUGUGUCAACAGCUUGAUCAGCAUGCCGUGCAGAAUGAGCCAUGCAAGCAUCGACCCAAAGACAAGGGCAGAGAGACAAAUGCCCGAGGACAUCAUACGGCUUUGUGUUGGAAUCGAGGAUGUCAAUGACCUCAUUGAUGACCUCUCCCGCGCGCUCGUACAAGCUGGUGCGGUCACAAUUAACUUAGAUGGAUUCCAUGCUACAGGAGCCGGUCAGACGCUUGGAGACUCUUCAUGA